AUAAUGCAAUACUUUCAGAAUUAAAAUGUGGGGAGGGGGUAAGCGUGUAAAUCCUGAAGAGGAAUCAGAUACUGAACCCUCAACCACUACAGCAAAUAAUAAAAAGAAAAAACGAAAUUCUAAGAGGAAAUCCGCACACCUUGAUGUAGCGUCUUCAGCUGGAUCCUCGGAUGAUGAAAACUACAAAACAGCUUUAGAGCUCAGCCUCAACACCUCGGUAGAGUCGGAGGAUGAGGAUAUGAAGAGAGUUCUAGAAAUGAGCAAAAAUGAUUUUGUUUAUAUCCCAGAUAGUGAUGAAGAAAAGCAAAUGAAGAAAGCUAUCGCGUUGAGUUUGGGGGAAACUAUCGUAUUGUCCGACGACGAGUUUGAUAGAAUGUGCGACGAGCCGAACAUGUCACUGAAGGAGAAGCUGUCCAAGUCAAGUUUGAACUCGGAGGGUUCUACUCCAGGUACCUGUAAGACCUGGAGUAAAAUGAAUGAACCGGAUACAUCUAAUUUACCGGUUAGACCUAAACCAUCUCAGGUCCCCAGAAUGCCGAGGAACCAAGGUCAUGGUGCCUCAAGAUAUCCAGAGGAUUCAGAGGAUUACGAAGAUUACGAUGAGAGGGAGGAGGAGUUAUCUCAAAGUAUUGGAGCUAUUCUUGGAAUGAGAAAUCCAUCCCAUGGCCUCCCUGGACACAUUGCUCCACAUGGACAGUUGUUGAGCUCCGAGGAAGCAACCCGUAGGAUGCGCGGAGUAUUCGUAAAUGGACUAGAGAGUAAACUAAACCAGGAGGAGAUGGAACCAUGCAAAGCUAUCAAAACAAAAUUGCAUUCUCACCAGAAGUCCGCCCUGGCCUGGAUGGUGAAGCAGGAGAACAAAGAGAACAAAGGGAUGAUGGGAGGGAUACUCGGGGAUGAAAUGGGUUUAGGGAAGACGUUGACAAUGAUAUCUCUGAUCAUGACAAACUACUACGACAACCGUCCUCUGUCCAAACCUAACCUAGGAUACACCAGACCAAAGAUAGAGAUGAUGAGAGGAGGAGGAGGGAAGGGGAAGAAGAAAAGGAUUCUCAAAGAACCAACUCAGUCCAAUGUUGGGAAGAAGAUUGAGGAUAAAGUAAAGAAAAGAUCCGCCAUAGGAUUCUUCUCCAACUUCAAGAGCAGCGACGAGGAGGAGGAGGAGGAGAAGGGAGAAAAAUCUAAAUUCUCUUUUGGAGAUCAGAAAGAGAAGAAGUCAAAGCGUGGAUUUAUCAAUGAUGUUGAUAGUACAGAUGAAGAGGAGGAAGAAGAUGAUCCUGAUCUAGACGAAUUUGAUCUUAUUGAGAAAUCCUCUCUUUCAUCUCGUCUGAAGUGCAAACCUGAAGAGAAGAAGAUACGGGAUCCGCGGGAUGAAGAGUUAGAUGAUAUGUACUCAGAAUGGGAGAACAUGUCGCAGGUUGAGAAGGAUAAGAAGGUUCGGAGUCUUUCCCAAACUUCUCCCAAUCCAGGGUUGAACCUUGACGGAGCUUUCGAUUCUAGUGAUGAUGAUAUCCCAAUUUGCCGGAAGAAAACGUCCAAUCUUGUAAUUUCGUCCGACGACGAGGCGAAGGCCGCAGAGGCCAAGCGGUCAAGCAAAAAGUUAAAAAUUACCGUUGACAGUGAUAGCGAUGUGAACUUGUCCGACAUAGACCUGGAGACUGCUCCGAUCCCUCGUCAGAUACGUCCUGCUCCAGAACCCAGUUCAUCCCAACCCGGUCCAUCAAAAUUCUCCUCAGAUGAUCCAUUCCCGUCAUCAUCUUCAUUUCGCACUCAACCCUCCUCAUCUAUCUGUCGACCUGAGUCAACCUUAAAACCGUCUACUAUGAAGAGAAUAGUUCCUCUGGCUGAACCUGCUAAGAGGAAAGGUAGAGCUCAUCCUACACUCAUCAUCUGUCCAACUAGUCUUCUCAGUCAUUGGUGUCAGGAGAUUGAUUCACAUAUCCUUCCUAGCGUUGAGCUCAAAGUAAAAGUUCAUCAUGGUUCAAACAAAGCUAAACUUGGAGCAGAUCUCAACACUUAUGACAUAGUACUCUCAACCUACGGAACCCUGGCCAAUGAACUAAAUGCAGAUACUAGUCCUCUGCUCCGGGCCAAGUGGCUGCGGGUCAUCCUAGAUGAAGGUCACUAUAUCAAGAAUCAUAGGUCGAAGACAGCUAAGGCAGCAAACCAGCUGAGAACCGUACGUCGCUGGGUUGUGACAGGAACUCCAAUUCAGAACAACCUGAUAGAACUCUGGUCCCUGGUCAACUGGUUACAGUUUGAUCUCUACGCAGGGGAUCUCCAGGGCUUCAAAAAUCAGAUAGAGCGUCCUUGCAAGGAUAGAGAGGAGUCUGGGUUCGAACGACUCCAGGUACUCAUGGACGCAAUAUGUCUCCGACGGACCAAGAACGACAAGAGAGCAAACGGAGAUCCUAUCGUUCCACUUCCAACUAAGACCAUUAUUAUCCGAGAUGUCAAGUUUACUGAAGAUGAGAAACUUUGUUAUUCCAUCCUGAGCAAGGAGGCGACAAACAUAGUGGAAAGAUAUCACCAACGUGGUACCCUUUUGCGUAACUACGCAAUUAUUUUCGCUCUCAUGAUGCGCAUGCGUCAGCUCUGCUGUCACAGAGAGAUGAUCAAGACUAUUGACUGGACCCAUGUAUUGAGAGAUCGAACACUACUGGAAAGAGAACUCGCCAUGUUCAUGGAUAAAGAGGAGAACGGAGGAAUGGCAGAAGGAGAAUCAGAAAUAGAUCUAAGAAAACGUCUGGCUGGACAGCUGAGGAAAAUGAUCCAGGACGGAGUGACGGAAGAUUGUAGUAUCUGUCUGGAUGAUCUUAAAUCUCCGGUUAUUACUCCUUGUGCUCACGUCUACUGUAAACCUUGUAUUACGCGUGUCCUAGAGACUGUCAAACCUCCAAUCUGUCCUCUGUGCCGAGGUUCUUUGAGCAAGAACGGACUCCUUGAGGCUGGAACUGAUGAUGAUGAACAGGAGGAGAGAUCAGAUGAGACCCUGAAAGCUUUGGAGAAUAUUGAGGUGAAUGUGAGCAGUUCCAAGGUAAACGCUGCAAUCAAGGAGAUGAUAAGAAUCAGAGAAGCGGAUCCAACGGAUAAAAUUGUAGUUGUUUCUCAGUUCACAACUUUUCUCUCCAUAUUCCAACCCAUCCUUGCGGAGCAAGGGUUUACCUAUGUCCGCCUAGACGGAACUAUGUCGCAUAUGGAAAGGGCGGAGGUUGUCCGCCUCUUCCAGAAGAAAACUGCCAAUUCCCCGAAGGUUCUCCUCCUCUCCUUGAAAGCUGGUGGAGUAGGUUUGAAUCUAACCUCUGCUAACCAUCUGCUGCUGUUGGAUCCUGCCUGGAACCCUGCAGCGGAGUGGCAGUGCUUUGAUAGGAUACACAGAAUAGGACAAGAGAAGCCUGUCACUAUUUAUAAGUUCAUCACAAAGGAGGAUUCUAUUGAGGAGAAGAUGAUGGAAAUCCAGGCGAAGAAGGAGGAGCUUAUCUCCGGAGCAUUCCACAUGCCGGAUGAGGAGAGGAGGAGACAGAGGAUUAAUGACAUCAUGAAUAUAUUUAAUAUUGGACCUCGACCCCAGCCUGCUCAAGGUCUACCCGGACCCCCUGCUGUACCUGCACCACCUGCUCCCGCUCCGGCGCUUGCUGAAGCAUAAGGACUAAGGAGCCUAAUGCCAAAAAUAUUUCGAAUGCAAACCAGUGUUGAAAAGAAUUUGAUAUUUUUUUGAUAUUUCGAAACUUUUUCGCUUCGUUUCAAAAUUCAAUGGUAACAUAUAAAUUUACUCAUUCUGUGAUAAUUUCAGA